CCGAUGGCGCCGAAGCAUGAAAAACUGAUGAAGUGGAAAACGCUAUAAUACAAACAAACAAAAGGAUUUGUUGAAUUACUGUGCACCCAUUGAUUAUAUCGGAGUACUUGUUUUACCUUUACUAAAAAUGGCCUCAGGACUUGAAAGUUACGUAAACCAUACUGUGUCAAUAAUAACUUCCGAUGGUAGAAACUUUAUCGGUACAUUGAAAGGAUUUGAUCAGACAAUCAAUUUAAUUCUCGACGAAUCGCACGAGCGUGUGUACAGCGUUACACAAGGUGUUGAACAAGUUGUGUUAGGUCUUCAUAUUAUCAGAGGAGAUAACGUAGCAAUUGUCGGCGAGCUAGACGAUGAGAUGGAUGCAAGAAUUGAUCUUUCAGCGAUCCGAGCUGAACCACUUAGUUCUGUAGCGCAUUAAAAUAAAUUCAAAAAAAUAUU